AUGGGCCAAUGCCAAUCCAUCAACGCCCAACCCGGCGAAGGCUGCUUUGAACUAGCCCAACGUUGCCGCAUCUCGCAAUACGACUUUGACCGCUUCAACCCCAACGUCUGUGGGAACAUCUACGUCGGCAUGCGCAUGUGCUGCACCGAACCUGUCUGCUGCCUCUCCCCACCAUCGAGUCGCCGGCGGACGGUACCCCCACCGCCAACCAUCGAGCUAUCGCCCCCACCCCCCGCUGGUGGGUCGUGCGAGACUUACACCGUGAAGGGCGGGGACACCUGUGAGGAUAUCGCUUCUGCUUUUGGGGUCUCGGAGGAUGGGCUUGAUAGGAUUAAUGUCUUCACUUCUGGUUGGGGAGGCUGUAAGUACAUAUUCAGUGCGGAUUUGCUAACAUGGCUUUUCUGUCAGGCGUUAAGGAGUCUGUACCGGAUGACGAGUCGGAGUUGA